GUCAUCUCAACGAUGGCGGACCUGUUAGGGUUCCACUCUCGGAGCUCCUAAACGAAUCUGUAGAAAGAGAGAGAAAGAGAUUCUCAUUUCUCCCUCCGUAUUAUUCGCCUCUGGCUCUUUCGUCUUCUUAUCGGAGCGGAAUCGUCAUUGACGAAGGGAUUGAAAUAUGGAGGACAAUUUUGUGAGCCUCGAUGCUUCUUUCUUUAAGACUUCUGAUGUAGAUCCUGAUUAUGAAUUCGAUGCAGCUCGGUUCUUCGAUUUCACCCGUCCUGAAUCAUCUUCCGAGGCUGAAGAAGCUGAAAACUGGUUCCUAUCCAUCGGAAGUUAUCCACCUUCUCCUUUCGCGUUGAGGUUGUACGGAAGGGAGCAUAUCAAAGUCAAUAAUUCGGACGCUCCUCCUAAGUCAAAUCAUGGUGGUGGAAGUAUUACGACUAAUAUUAGCACCGCCUCUGAUGUUGACUUGGAAACUCAAUCCUCUGUACUCUGUGAUAACGACGACAGAGAAGAAUCUCAUAGGAUCACGGCUGAAGAUAUUUCAAACGCUAAAUCAAAAACUAGUGCAAAAUCAUCAAGGACAAAAAAUUCAACACUCAUGAAACCUACAGCAAGUCAUUUAGCCAAGAUAAAUCAUGCAAGAGAAGUUUUUAGCAGACACUUUGGAAGAUCUGACAAGUCAUCCAUAACUAGUGAUGACAGGAGUUCUCGUAGUUCUCAAGUUCUUGAAGCAACCAAAAGACAAAGGCUGGAGAAUGGUUAUUUGCUUAAGAUUGCUAAGCUGAAGCACCAGAAUAUGAUGCCUCACAAGCUACCGAAGGUUCAACCAGUUGAUGCUAGUAUUUUUACUUCUAAACCUAAAGUUACUAAACCAAGAGAGCCUAACCUCGAAACCGCAGUUAGAGCACAAAGACAAAGGUUGAAGAACACUAUAGAGACAAGUGAACAUGCAAAAGAUGUUGCUCAUGUAUUUAAAGCAAGACCAUUGAACAGAAAAAUAUUCAAAACUCCUUCAUUUCGACCUACAAAAAAGGAUGCAGCUUCUGCUGUGAUUCAAGAAUUGACCACGCAGAGCUUUAAUCCAGCUUCAACAGAGAGUGCUACAGACACCCUAAGAAUGAGCAGAGAAGAUAGUAUCAGUAAGAACAGCGAGUUUGAUACGUUGAAACCAGAAGCAAACUGUCUUCUUGAUAAUGAGGAACUUUCUCUUUUAAAUGACAACAGAUUGUCCCAUAAUAAUCCACCAACAGAAUUGUUUAGCAAGUUGUCUCUGAAAGGGGAAUCCGAGCUAAUAACAGUGUCAGGUAAGGAUUAUAAAGAAAAUAUACCAGGUUGCUUCAACCAAGAAAUUAAGGUAACCAACACUUGACAAUUUGUUUAACAAAAGUUGUAAGUGAAAAAUAUAUAAAGUAUUUAACAUUUUUCAAUGUAAAUCAAUCCCCU